AUGGGGCCGUCUGCCAUCACCUCAGUCACUUCAAACAACUGCUAUCACCCCCUCUUGGGACACAAAUGGCCAUUAAACCAACCCAAAGACAAAGGAACUUCUACUUCAAAGAGGCCGUGUUAUCACCUCGGAAGGGUCAUGUGGCCUCCACAGGACAGACAGCCGUACGCGCACAUUCUGCCACGCGUGUGCAGGAGGAUUGUUGUUUUCCCCGUGAAAGGAAGGGCCUUCUUCAACAACCACAACGGCCUCUCAUCUUAUCCAGAACAACAGCCGCGUGUUUCUCCACAUCCACAACGCGUGAGGAGCGGAGCCAGAGACCCGAUCAACGACCCGGUCUUCUCACAGUAA